AUGGCAGAUCAACUCGUCGCACCUCUGCUGGAGAUACACCACCAGUCUUCGGCCAACCCGAAAUCAGCCAAAAGCAAUUUACUGUAUUCGCCAACAUCUGUGUUCUACGUUGAUGAGGAUAAAUAUUCUGCUGCAGAGCACUCCAAGUCUUGCGAAGUCCUCGACUACAGUGUCGGCGUUCUACAUCCACAUAUUCUCGAUCAAGCGCUCCACAGCGCAGUGUCUAUCCACACGGAAAAUCACUACGAGAUGUACAGUGAUCACUCAUCAACACUCGUCCUCACGCCAACAACUUCAUCCGAAUCACUUGAUGACAACGAAUCUCCCAUCACCGUAUCGAGCACAGUAUCCGAGUCGGAAGUUAAACGACUACACUCAACGAUCCCUUUUAAAAUACCCGUCCUUCACACGACCACCGAGUCCACCAAUUUCACUAUACCAGCAACCACGCCCUCAAAACCCAGCACCUCCUCACAAAGAAGGAAUACGGAAAGAAAGCCAAUCAUACAUCAAUCCCUACCACCCACACAGACAAGUUCGAACACGAAUCCAGAGCAUGUGGAAACAUACACGACCGUCCAUCUAUCCUCUUGCCACUCGAAGGAAAGAAAUGUUCCGUGGCAGUUGUAUAAGUGGUUAGCUGCUACGGAUUACGGAGAGGUUUCGGCUGCUGAGCGGGUUUUCAGUGGGGUGGUGGUGGGAGAGGAGAUUCCUGAGAAUUGA